GAUAAUAGCGAUCUGUGACAGUGACAUCCUGUUUAUCAUCUGCAAAAUGUGUCAGCGCCAAACAGAUGACCGGCAGGAAGUUGUACGUCUUCGGCCAGAAUUUGGAAUGAGAUCAUUUUACCGACGUAAUAAACUCUGUAACAAUCAAUACAAUCAAGUAGCACGCUCAACUUCUGAUAGGAAAUACAUUCAUUCUGCACAAUCUAUGCUAUUUAACCGAUCUUAUCAGGAGAUAGAUGUUGGGCUGGUCACGUGCAAGUAGCACACGGAGUAGGGUGACAUCGGGCAAAAGGCCUGAUAGGAGAACAUAUUUAUAGAAAGGAAGCUUCUUGGAAUCCUUAUUUUUCUUCUUCGGCUUUCAUUUUUAACAAUAGAAACACAUUAUCCAUCAUCUUCCAUCAGAUCUCCUGUUACUCAAUCCUACAAAAUGCCAAACCAAUCAUCAGUCAACAGAUCCCUCUCCACCAUCCGCACCGAGCUUGAAAUCCUCUCUCAAAACGACGUUCUUUCUCUCCCUCAAUUCCAGUCUAUCAUGGCGCAACUACCCCAACAAAAUGGCUCCCAAACACAAUAUACCGACUACCGCUACAAUCCCACUACCAAUUCCAAUCCUCAGAAAAUGGCGCAAGAAGAUCAGGAUCUAAAUCAUCCUGAACAUCUUGCUCAUCGUAAGAAUCAUGAAUGGGCAAAAGCAAUGGCUUUUAAGUUUGAGAUUGCGGCUGUAUUGGGAGCAGUAUUAGCAGUCGUUUUCUAUAGUACUAUCAUGGAUAAUCUAUAGAUCAUCUGCGUGUUGGUGGAUAUUCGCUUAAAUUUGAAGCUUUUGACAGAUCACUAAAUAGCCUGUAGCAAUUUUAUAACCUCGA